ACUUUGGGCUGAAUCCUGGUGAUAGAAGGAGGACUUUGACUCAGGAGUAAUCAUAUAAAGCAGAGGGGAAGGAAGGGCAGGGAGUUUCAUCUGACAGAGAGGGACCGAGGCCAUGGCCAUGUGGAGGACAGUGGGAGCUCUGCUGCUCAUAUUACAUACUGUGUUUGGCCAGAAGACCAUCACAUGGUGCACCAUCUCAGACCAGGAGCAGAGGAAAUGUAACGCCAUGUCUCAGGCCUUCAGCGAGGUCUCCAUCCGACCCCUCCUCAGCUGCGUCAACGGACUGACGGUCGAAGGCUGCGCUCAGAAACUGCAGAAAAAAGAAGCCGAUGCCUUUUCCAUGUUUGGCUCUGAGGUCUACAAACAGGGGAAGACUGCUUCCUUCAAGAUGGCUGCCAGUGAAUCAAAGGCUGGUGAUACCUUCUCCUACUAUGCUGUUGCUGUGGUGAAGAAAGUAAACUCUGCCAUCAAUAUCAACAACCUGGCAGGAAAGAAGACCUGCCACACUGGGAAAGGCCGAACCGCCGGCUGGAACAUGCCUUUGGGAUACUUUAUAGACCAGGGUUACAUGUCUGUGAUGGGCUGCGACAUCUCAAAGGGUGUGGCCGAUUUCUUCAGUGCGAGCUGUAUUCCUGGAGCUAAUGAGCCUGGUGACCCUUCCUCUCUGUGUCAGCUGUGCAAAGGAAACGGCAAAGGACAGCAUGUAUGUGAGAAGAGCAGCAGUGAGAUGUACUUCAGCUAUGAAGGAGCCUUCAGGUGUUUGGCUGAAGAUGCCGGUCAGGUGGCCUUCAUCAAACACACGACUGUUGAGGAGAACACUGAUGGUCGCGGUCCAGCCUGGGCUCAGUCCCUGCUGUCAUCCGACUAUGAGCUGCUGUGUCGUGACGGCACCAGAGCUCCUGUCUCUCACUGGCAAAGAUGCCAUCUGGUCCGCGUCCCAUUUCGUGGCGUCGUGGUCCGAGAGGACAUCAGUCCCUCUGUGGUGUUUGACAUGUUGAAGGAGGGUCAGGACAAGUCAGGCUUCAAGAUGUUCUCAUCUGCUGAGUAUGGCGGAGGAACUGUGCUUUUCUCUGAGUCGACCACCACGUUGGAGCCGGUCGAGUCCGAGCAUCCCAAGACGUGGAUGGGUGACGUGUAUUCUAAUGCUAUGACAGCCAUGGACUGUAGAGCUGAAGACCUCCCAGCCGCCGUGCGCUGGUGUGUGCUGACCAGCAGUGAGCAGCAGAAGUGUGCUGAUAUGGGCGCUGCCUUCCAAAGUAAAGCUCUGACUCCAAGAAUCAACUGUGUCUUCGGCGUCUCAGUGACCGACUGUAUGAAGAAAAUCCAGAACAACGAGGCUGAUGCCAUCACCCUGGAUGGAGGUUACAUCUACACAGCAGGAAAAGACUACGGUUUGGUGCCUGCGGUUGGCGAGAGCUACACAGGCGACCGUGAUGGUGCCAACUACUAUGCCAUCGCAGUGGUGAAAAAGAGUAGCUAUGACAUCCGUAACCUUGACGACCUGCGUGGCCGUCGCUCCUGUCACACUGGAUACGGUCGCACGGCUGGCUGGAACGUUCCCGUAGCAACGCUGAUAGAGAAAGGCCUGAUUGUCCCUGAGCACUGUGAGAUACCCCAAGCGGUGGGAGGGUAUUUCAAGCAGAGCUGUGUACCAGGUGCCAACCAACCUGGUUUCCCCGACAACCUGUGUGGUCUGUGUGUGGGAGACGCCUCAGGACAGAACAAAUGCGAGAAGGGACAAGACCUGUAUGACGGAUACGACGGUGCCUUCAGGUGUCUGGCUAAAGGAGACGGAGAUGUGGCUUUCAUCAAACAUUCUACCAUCUUCCAGAACACCGAUGGUCAGUCAUCUGAGUCGUGGGCUGUAGAUCUGCUGUCUAAAGAUUUCCAGCUGCUCUGCUCUCAGGGAACUAAAGCUGAAGUCACACAGUACAGAUACUGUAACCUGGCCAGAGUCCCCUCUCACGCUGUCAUGGUUCGACCUGGCACCAACAUCCACGCUCUGUAUGGACUCCUGGACCGCGCACAGGAUUUCUUUGGCAAUGAUACAGGUACUGGUUUCAGGAUGUUUGACUCGAAGGCCUACCAAGGCACAGAUCUCAUCUUCAAAGACUCCACUGUUAGCCUUGUGGGCGUUGCUGACAAGAAGACCUACCAGGAGUGGCUGGGUCAGGGCUACCUGGAUGCACUGGUCAACAUGGAGUGCAGCUCAUCAAGUGCAGUGGUGUCAUCUGCAUGGCUGCUGCUGAUGGCCUUGUUCAGCCUCAUGCUGACCAACUACUGCAUGUAAAGACAGAACAUGACACACACCUCUUCUCCUACCGUAUAUUUCCAUUCCUUUUCUCCCUUUUAUAAACUUCCUGUUUCCUAACUUUAUCUCUCCUCUCUGUCUCGAUGUCUGUCCGAUCAAAUCACCCAUCAUAGCAUUAGUCCAGAGCAGGUUAGCCCCACUGUUCUGGUAUCCCUCGUCCUUUUUUGUCUCUUUGCGUCAUGUCUACCUGAUUGUAUGCUAAUUGGACAUAUAUGCGAGGACGGCAUGUUGGGACUGCCUUUGGAUUUAAAUGGUACAAGUGUUAAAGCAAAUGAAGCACAAUGUCUCCUGACUGUAGCAGAGAUGUAAGUAACAUAACAAAUAACUUAGAUCCAGUGUGAUUAGAUGAGAGAAGAUGCUGCUGCCACUUUGUUUACUGAAGGUGAGCUGCCAUAUCAGUGAGUAUGCUGCCACCUGUUACAUUGCUCUAGUGCAUCCUUGUCUCAAAAGCUAGUUUUACAAAGAGGAGUCAAUCUGGUUUUUGACCUCACAUGAGCUUCUGAUUUACCUCAGAGAAAAUGAAUCUGAUGAAGACCUGGGAUGAAAGAUGAUUUUUUACUCCGCCAAUGAACAGUGGAGUUAUGUGUCGAUCGCCGUGCAUUUGUCCGUCUGUUUGUUCACAACGUUACUCUAAAACAGGCAAACAGAUUUGGAUUAAAUUUUCAGGGAAGGUCAGAAAUGACACAAGGACCAACUGAUAGAUUUUGGCAGCGAUGCGGCUUAUAGUCUGGAUCCACAGAUUUGUUAAAGAUUUCUGUAUCACUGAGAUAGCGGCACGGUGUCACUGUAAUUAUGACUACAAGUGAACACUACAUCAGCUGCCUGCUGACGAUCACAUGGUUGUGAUCCUACUACAAAUCCACCGCUGCAGACUUAUCGGGACUUAUCCAUCGGAAAUGAUACAAGGAACAAUUGGUUAAAUUGUGGGGGUGUUUCCAAGUCCCAUCAAUUCCCACCGCCUGCUACAUGUUUAGGUCACGCGAUUCGGUAUCUGUACAUAACACACACAUGCAUAACACACGCCUGUGGUCAGCACAAGGUCAUUUUGUUUGUGGGUACAUCUGUAUUAAAUGGCCACAUUCUGUGAUUUCUGGUCAUCAGUAACUAAUAAAUAAACAAAUGCUGCAUUUAAAAAAUAAUAAAUUAAAAAUGCUGCAUUUGGGGGAGUGAACAACCUUGGUGAAUACCAUCUUUGGCUUGGCUAAAAGGCUGUGGAUUGACUUUCAAAAAGGCAAAAAAACAACAGACAUAGCUUCCACUACAGGCAAGUGAGAAAAUGCCUGUUUUGUUAUUUGUGUGAACUGACUUUUUAACCUUUCAAAGUCAUUAAUAUUUAAAUAUGCUCAUUCAGUCAGCCCUAAACAACCUGUUUGUUGGUGAAAAAUGACUUUCUCCUCCAGAACUUUUAGAAUUGCAUCACGCAAACCCAUUUUAACAGAUUCUACGUUAGCUCUUUUUCAAAAGCUUCAUGUGAACAUAGAAAUCAGAUUGCUGCUCUGCUCUGUUGCCACUUGCUCUGCAUACAAAUACAGUCCUUUCUUUCUUGCUUCAGGCUGUGUUUCUACUAUAAGCUAAUGCCGUAUCAAUGAAUAUGCGCUAGUGUUGCGUCCACACAGAGCUGUGCUGGGGAUUGUGUGAUGAGUGGUUGAGUGUUUGUUCAUAGGCUGUCGGUUUCAUGUGUUCUCCUCAAAUACUUAACAACAGAAAUAAGAAUUAUAUAAUUUGAUCAUCAACAUGCUUUCCACCUAGCAGCCAUUUUCACAUCUUCUGAGUUCCAUAUAAAUGGAGUGAGUAAAACUGACACUGGUCAGGUUCCAUCAGAUUUGGGAAGAAAAUGAAGAAAACAUCCUGGGAUUUGUGUUGGAGAGUGAAUGAGUUUUAGUUUUAUCCAGAUAGGAAAGUCAGAGGAGAUUGUAGAAUCAGAAGAAAGCAGAAAAACAAAGCUUAAUUUGUAAUUUGUAAUUUUAUGUUUGACUUAUUACAGUUAGGAAAUAUUGACUUUUGGUUUGGGGAGGGUUUUAGCUCAAUGUUUCUGGUUGUGCACAAGUGUGAAAGGAGUGAAAUCCAGCUAAAAGACAAUAAUUGUUUUUAUUAGAUUGUUCUGAGUCGAAAAAAUCAGAUCUCAUGUCUUCUCUCCUCAACAGCUCACUCCAGAAACACCUAACUCUGACUGUCAGACUCUUGUCGUAUCUAUUGUACGUUCCAGUUGUAACAUGUUGAUUGAAUGUGUAUUUUCCUAUGUUAAGAGAUUUAUUUUUAUAUGAAGUUCAGGUGCCAUAUCAGUGUAUAUGUACUGACUCAUGCUGUCAGAAACCAACGCCUUCUCUUCCUCCUGAUAGAGAUUUAUUUCUAUGUGAAAUGACUGAACAUGUAACUAAUAUUUAGUUGCCAGGCCAGUGUGUCUGCAUAAGUAUUGCUACAUAAAGCUGCUGGAUUUAGCUGUUGUCUGUGCUUGUUCAAAUGAAAUAAAGCCAAAUACUGAACAAUGUA